AUGGAGAAUCGUUCAGUAGUGCCGCCCAUCAGCCGGGACGACCCGUCCCUUGAGCUCGUGCAGUUUCCUACCCGCCAGAUGCGGUGGCGGCCGCGUCGCCACCCGGUAGCUAGAGUUAUGAAUCGCGUGCAUUACCGCCGGCUUGUCCUUUCCUGUUCAAACGCCAGCCCUUGUACUGUCUGCUUCAUCUCCUCUGUGCGUCCCCUUUUCCCCCUUUUUCCCCCUUCUUGCGCUGA